ACUUCCAGAGACUGCUUUUGCCCGUAUCUUGGUUGCCUAGAGCCCCUCCAUCUUAGCUCCCAUAGCUUGGCCCCCAUUCCUGGACUGACAUCACUGUCAUCUUUCUUUUCGUAACCUUCCCACACGCCUCUCAAUAACCAUGUCGCGCGCAAAUCAGUGGUUUGUGCCAGGCGAUGGCAUCGCGAGAGAAGUCAUCACGGCCGACAUCCAGCGCUACCUCGGCCCAGAUGCGCUUGUCAGGCCCGGCACAGGCACCGGAGAGUACCAGGGCCAGCCAGGCUACUGGAUAACGGCGUACCGCACUCUCACAUCGCAAAUGAUUCAGGAUCUGAAGAUGGACUCACAGCGCUGGCAGCAAGAGCGCCAGCCUGGCGACGUGGGACGUGGAGUCGCUUACCAAGACUCUCGUACACAUGCUGCUCGUCAGCAUUGGGGUCCGACGAAACCGUAUGAACACGGUGCGCCCAAGUCGGCGGCGGAUCCCUAUGACCAGCCACCUCGCCAGUCGUCAACGUCGUCUAGAGCGACAACGUAUGCGUCUUCAGGCUAUGGUAGCAGUGAUCCCCAUUAUACCACGACUCCCACAUCCGCGUAUGGAAGUUCGCAUCCAGGAUACCAGGCUUCAUCCGUCUCUGCUGCUCCCAGGACCCAGCCCGCGGAUCCAUACUCAUCUUACCAACAGCCCAGUGGACGGGAUUACCCUGCGCAGUCUGCUUAUUCCUCUUACCCAGCGCAGACCCCAGAUCCCUAUGGACGCCAGCCGGCCACCCAAGCGACCCAGUACGCAACUCCAAGGUAUUUUGGUUACUAUGACGAACCCUAUUUGGUCUAUCGCUAAGCCCCAUUAGUGCCACAGCAGCCGCUCCUGGCUACUACAUUGCCUCUGACGGUCGUCGUAAGUCAUUGCAGUCGUUGCGCGACUUCACAACUAACGUUUUCCCCUCAGAAUAUCCCUUGUCGCAACAACCUCAGUCGUCACGCAAUCCACAGUCCGGCACCUCUAGGUACAGUACAAGAUAGAGUCCAUCUCCAUUGACGGCCUUGUCCUUGUUCCUGCGUCGAUAUACCGAACCC